GUGAGUGUUACCACGGCUGCUCGGCGUGUUUUCUUUUUGUUUUUCUCGCUUCUAUAAAAAAUGGGAUUCUGACAUCAGCCGGGCUGCGGGCGCCGCCGGCUCCUCCUGACCGGAAAAUGAAGCGUCUCUGUCGGAGGCUGGCGGUGGCCGUGGCGGUGCUGGUGUGGCUGGGAGCGCUGGUUUACCUGCUGGUGCUGAGCCGGAGGAAGCUACCGGAGCUCGGUACCGGGGCAGUAGCGGGAGUAGCGGGAGGAGGAGAAGCGUACAACCAGAUUUCGGAUGCAGAGUGGGAGGACAUGCUGGAGGGAUUCGAUGAGAGGAGUUACCUGAACGCCCGACGCUGGAAGCCCGGCGACGACCCGUACACCCUGUAUGCCUUCAACCAGAGAGAGAGCGAACGUAUCCCCAGCAACAGAGCUCUGAGAGACACCAGACACUACAGGUGUACCAUCCUUCACUACGACUCUGAUCUUCCUCCCACCUCCAUCAUCAUCACCUUCCACAACGAGGCCAGAUCCACCUUACUUCGCACCAUACGGAGCGUUUUGAACCGGACUCCUAUUCACCUCAUCUACGAGAUCAUUCUGGUGGACGACUUCAGCGACGAUGAAACCGACUGCCAGCUUCUCACCAAACUGCCCAAAGUCAAAUGUCUCCGCAACAAGAAAAGAGAAGGUCUGAUCAGAUCCAGAGUACGAGGGGCCGACGCUGCGAGGGCCGGAGUCCUCACCUUCCUGGACAGCCACUGUGAGGUCAACAAGGACUGGCUGCCCCCCCUCCUGCAGAGGAUCAAACAGGACCCAACCCGUGUGGUCAGCCCCGUCAUCGACAUCAUUAACAUGGACACAUUUGCUUACGUGGCGGCCUCUGCUGAUCUUCGUGGAGGUUUUGAUUGGAGUCUCCAUUUUAAGUGGGAGCAGCUGUCACCAGAGCAGAGAGCUCGCCGGACUGACCCGACCCAGCCAAUCAAGACUCCCAUCAUCGCAGGCGGGCUCUUUGUGAUUGACAGGUCCUGGUUCAAUCACCUCGGCAAAUACGACACCGCCAUGGACAUCUGGGGCGGGGAGAACUUUGAGAUCUCCUUCCGGGUGUGGCAGUGUGGUGGCAGUCUGGAGAUCCUACCCUGCAGCAGAGUGGGUCACGUCUUCAGGAAGAAACACCCAUAUGUGUUUCCUGAAGGCAACGCCAACACCUACAUCAAGAACACGCGUCGGACAGCUGAGGUGUGGAUGGACGACUUCCGCCUGUUCUACUACUCGGCUCGUCCUGCAGCAAGAGGAAAAUCUUACGGAGACAUCCGAGGCAGAGUGGAGCUACGCAAGAAGCUCAACUGCAAAUCCUUCAAGUGGUACUUGGACAACGUCUAUCCAGAGCUCAAAGUGCCAGACGACUCUGACUCUCAGUCUGGGGUGAUCAAACAGAGGCAGAACUGUCUGGAGUCUCGUAAGGUGGAGGGCCAGGAGCAGCCUGUGCUCACUCUGGCUCCCUGCAUAGGAACAGAGGGAGUCCCCGCCAUCAACCAGGAGUGGGUUUACACUCACGGGCAGCAGAUCCGUCAGCAGCAGCACUGUCUGUCUCUGUCCACCACCUUCCCUGCCUCCCAGGUCCUGAUGCUGCCCUGCAACAUGGCUGACGGCAAGCAGCGGUGGCAGAAGUCGGGGACUCACUUGGAGCACCUGGUCUCUCGGUUCUGCUUGGACUCGGAGAUGGCUCUGGACGGGUUGGACUCUUCUCGGAUGCUGGUCAUCAGCCCCUGUGAACUGAGCGCCUACACACAGAGAUGGGAGGUGCCCUUCUCCUGACCCUUAACCCUGUGACCUUUCACCUC